AUGGUGGGAGCCUAUGCCAUUGGAGGAAUCGGCGAAGAAGCAGAGGGUUCCAACCAGGCAGAGGGUUCCAACGAACCAAGCAACCCGCAGCCACAAGUAACCACUCCAGACGAGGAAUCUGGCCUGGUACAGGCUCAACCUGUACAAGAGGAACCCAUCCUAACGACGGCAGAACUGGUAUACCACCACCAACAACAGCAACCCAACGGUAGGCAACGAUUCCUCAUAAUUGGAAUACCAUUGAUAAUUCUCCUUGUCUGUGUUGUGGUGGGAGUUUCUCUGGCUGUGGGUUUGGCCAAGAACGGAAACAAGGAUACAACACUACAAGUUCCAGAUGACACUACGGGUAUGCCAAGCACAUCCAACACCUCCACCACUAUGUGUUUCCAACCGGGAAUCACUGAAUUCACCAGCAUGGAAUCCUGCUCUGAUGGGGGAGAAUUUGUGGAUUUGGCAUUGGGGAGUAUUGAUCUGUCAUUGUUGGCCAUCCAUAUUCCACCUGAAAUUUCCAUGUUGACUGGACUCCUCUAUUUGCACUUGUAUGAAAACCAAAUUCAUGGCAACAUCAUGGAAAUUCUCCCAACACAGUUGUUCCAAAUGACAUCCUUGCUAGACAUUGGCCUAAGCAAGAACAGAUUCACAGGUCAAAUUCCAAGAUCACUUCCAAAUGAGUUGCUGGCUCCAGGAUUGGACAACAUGGAUGAAUUCAAUGUCCAGCACAACAUGCUCACAGGAACAAUCCCAUCAGAGAUUUGGACCUCUUGGACCAAGCUUGUGGUGCUUCAAUUAGGGGACAAUCUCUUCUCUGGUCAAGGAAUACCCACCCAGCUCAAUGGCAGCCACUCUCUCCCUGAUCUAGUAGAGCUCGAUCUCUCUCACCUGCCAUUGCUGACCGGGUCUUUACCAACCUUGGAGCUUGGUAACUUGGCUACCAACUUUAACCUGAGCAUUAUUGAGAUGGACAAGUCUCCUGGCUUGUUGGGGGAGAUUCCAGAGGAGCUUUGCUUCCUGCAAGAUCCAACCUGCUCCUUUGAAUUUUGGUGGUGGCCCACACCUCGCAACUGUUCUUUGACAUUUGAGUGCACACCCAACCUCUGUGGAUGUGAUUGUUUGUGCUAG